UUGUGUCUUUAUUCCAUGUUGAUAAUAUUUUUAAUUUAGUUUACAGCUGGGCACGUGUGCUUUUUCCUAGAAGAAGCUGUCGUUUUAUUCAGGUGUCCAGCUGGUGGCUUUAUCUAGGUGACAGGACUCGUUGCCUAGGAGACGCGACGCGCGGGAGGAAGGAAAGAAGGAAGGAGCCUUCGAGAGCGCCAUGAGCUUUCCCAGCCAGCGCCCCGUUCCUUUGCCUCGGGCGGCAGCCAAGGUUGGAAAGCCCUUAUCCAAGCAUUCUGCAGGUAGUCAUCUCUUUCGGGAUUCAACAUGUCAAGAUAAUUCAGUGAUUCGAGAAGAUAAACAGGCCAAUGAACUUCAAACUUCUUUUAUGAACAAAAAUGACCAAAAGAAACUGCAGGAAGAAAAUGUAAGACUAAAGUACGAAUUAGAAGAUUUAAGGAGCCGUUAUGAAAAGCUUAUAGAAGAAGGGAAGAGUGAAUGUUUUGAUGAAAGACGUAUUAAUCUUCUAAAGGCUCAAGUACUGCAGCUCGAAAGGCAGGUGGUGUUACUUACAGAAGGAUUAAGUUCUCGAGCUGCUCUUAUAUUGGAGUUAAACACUUCUUUAGAAGCUCUUGGUGACAGGAUUAGCUCUUUUCUUAGCACUGAAGGAACUACCUCUGAAAUAACCAUUCCGUGUUCAGAACUUCGUCAAAUGAUUGAGCAAUGUGAAGUAAUGAGAAUCAAACUUCAAAGAAACCAGCAAGUUUCUGAUCUUUCAAAACUUGCAUUGCCCUGGACAUUGGGAAGAAACCUUACUGUGCAGUCGAUGACCCUUUUGGAUGUUUGCUAUGGCAAAGUAGAAAAUUUAAAUCUUAGAUAUGUGAGUGCCCUUGAAGGAAAACUUAGCAGGCUGUGGAGACACCUGCUUGCCAUAAGGCAAAAUCUGAGUUUCAUGCUUGCCCCAGGACAGAUGUCCUCUGAGACAGCUCAUCAUAUCCUUCCAACUGUUGUUUAUGCUCGACUGAUAAAUCAUGCAGCUCAGUGUCAUCAGUACAUGGAGGAAUGUUGCAGUGACUUGCUCACAUUGUCGCUUCUGGUACCUUCUGCACCUUGGGAAAUCCUGGAUAGUUCCUUGACCCAAGAGUUCACUGUUGAAAACGUGCUUGCAAUCCUUCCAGGCUUCCCCAAGGGUGCCCCCCAGCAACGUGCUAAAAGGGCAGUCGAAGCCCUGGUAAAGGCUCAGAAUUAUUCUCGGCAUAUGGCAAUGCAACAGAUUCUUGCUUUACAAGGUGAACUUAAUUUCUACAGAAAUGUGUAUAAACUUCAAGUUAAGUACAGUGAAGCUCUCUUUGAUGGGAUAAAGCAAGCAUACCACACAUUUCAAGAUAAUGUUGCCAUGGUUCUCUGUUCACCGCUACAAGAUGCUCUUUCUUUUUACACAAAAUUAAAAACGGAAGCUUCAGAGACUGCUUUGAGAGACUUUCUCACUGUUUUUAGAAACAAUGCGGAGCAGAUCAAAUAUGCAGUGGAAACUUUAACACCUCCAGGGAACCAGCAUCGUGAAGGUGACGAGGCUUUGUCAAAGUUUGGAAAAGAGUUCUUCCUGUCCUUGGAACGUUCACUCAAAGUCUGUGGGGAGCAACGGGAUAAAGCAGCCAGUGAAAUGGAAAUCCUACAGACAGAACUGGACCAGGCCUUCGAAACUCUUCAAGAUUUAAGAGAACAAAAGGUGAAGAAAGCAGGAGCCAGCCAGCAUUUUCCAAGACGUGAAGAGGGUAAGAUGGAAGGGACAGAAGCGAUGGGCUUGAAUGUACUUUCCAGAAAAACACCUGAAGUGAAUCCAGCUUCAAAAUAUGUUCCAAACAGACGCAGCCUCUUGCAAAAACAAGCUUCGGUUGUAGAAUCUGUAAACCCACCAUGCAGACAAAAACUAGACAGUUCUGAGGGUGGAAAUAUUCAACAGAAAGGGAAACACCUUCAUCGGAGCAAGAGUAUGAAGGCCACUGAAAGGCUGCCCUGGCAAGAUUAGAAAUUGCUCUCUAUUACAAGGUAUUGCUAUUCUGGCUUGGAAGAGAAUUGAAUUAACAGCAACAUGACCCUCGUUGCCAUCCUUCCUUCUUUCUUCUCAUGACAAAAAAAAAAGCUUAAUUGCAUGUUGCUUUCACACUCAUCCACACAACACACUACCUUUUCUCAGUCUGACACUCCAGAUGUGCUGGAUUAUAACUACUAUCAUUCCUACUUGGCUGAAAUGAUGGGAGUUAUAGUCUGGCACAUCUUGUGGAAGGUGCAAAUUGAGGAAGGCCUCAAAUGGGGAAAAAUGAUUUACGGUAGGAUUUUCACAGACUGCAUUAUCGAGCCACUUUGUUUACAACUAUACACACAAUAUAUCUGAGCAAAGAUACACUUAACAACUACUUCAGAUCUUGUCUUUUAGUGCUGACUGAAAACACAGAAAAAUACCAUAUAGAUAUGUGGGUGUACGUAAAAGAAAGAAAAAAGACAGUGCAGGUAAUGGAACAGACUUUGAACUUGUUUCAUUAUUGUUUUACAGAAACUGUGUUACUUUCCUUGACAUGUUCAGUUGCUUGGAAACCAUUCCUGUAUCAGGCUUUUUAUUCAUAGCAUUCCCCAAACCAGCUAUAGUUCUUCUUAAAUGGUCUCAGCUACCCAAGAAAUACAAUUGUUCUCUCUGGUUUCCUAACCCUACUGAAAGCAAUACUUUGGACUUUAAUUUGUAUUUGUUUAAUAAAGCUGUUUAGAGUGAUAGACUCAGGAUCAGGAGCAACAUCCAAAAAGUUUACCAUUUGCCCAUCUUUUAAAUUUUUUACAAGUGAAUAUGAUACAUUCAAGGGAUGUUCUGUAUUCUUAUAUAUCAUAUACAUAAAGGUGUUUGCUAAUUAAUAAAUGAUUGCAAGAGA